AAACACAAAAACAUUAAAAUGAAAGAAAGAAAAGGAACUAGGACACCGUAGUUGUUGUACAUAAUGUUUGCCAGCAGAUGUCGCUACAAUUCCAGAAUUAAUUAAUUGAUUUUGGGUUUAAAUUAGGAAAAGCAAAUAUCCGUGCAGUUUUAAAAUUUAGCUUAUUAAAAGCUGAUUAAAAAUGCAACUUUGAUGUUAGCCUACUUUCUUUUUAGGGGAAGUUUUAUUAAAGUGACUAAAUUAAGUGUUUUUUUUUCUCCCCAAGAAGAAAAGAGUUAUUCACAAUUUUAACGCAAUUAAGCUCCUAUGGCUAUAGAAAAAAAAAUAUAUUAAUUUGGAUUGAGAUCGAGUUUCACAAGAAGAAGCUGAUCUGAGAUCAGGAGGCAGCAGCUGGCUUUAAGGAAACUCGGGGAAAAGCUGCAGACGGGAGGACCAAAAACCGACAGAGGGAAGAGAAAAGAUUGCUCCUUCAGAGAUGAAGCAUCCUGAGAAAAAGUGUCUUCUUUGGGCUUUUGCGAUCGCAGUUCUGCUUCUCAGAUGUGGAGCAGAAAUGUUCACUUCUCUGCAGAACGUCAAACAGCUGAUUAAUGUUGAACGGAAACUAAUGGAGAACUUGAAAACCUACAUUGACUAUGAGCAGGAAAGACUGGAGGACAUCAAACGUUUUUAUGCCAAAGUGUCGAGUCUCCACACAGAGCUUUAUAAUAGCCCAGCAGCCGCGAUGGCAAACCCACUGGUGUCCUUCACCCUCAUCAAGCGCCUGCACUCAGAGUGGCUGAACGUCGUCUACAGCAACGAAGCCCUGGAGAACCUGCAAGCCCUCAGGUCCGGCUAUGAGGAAGAAGAGGCCGAUCUGCCCAAAAUGGAAGAUCUCCAGGGGGCUGCAAAGGGGCUGAUGAGACUGCAAGAUGUGUACGCGCUCCAAGUUUCCAGUCUGGUCAGGGGGCUUUUCCGGAGAGUCGCUGAUGGAAAAGCGACAGAUGUUUACAUGCCUGUUGUGUCAACCCUGCUGUCCGGUGACGACUGUUUUCUGGUUGGAAAGGUGGCCUAUGAACAAGAGGACUAUUAUCACUCUGUGCCCUGGUUAGAAGAGUCGGUUCGUCUCUUCAGAUUAGCAGGAGGAAAGUGGAGUCCUGAGAAUGAAGGAACAUUAGAGGAUGCUCUGGAUCACCUGGCUUUCUCCCAUUUUAAAACAGGGAACAUCUCCUACGCUCUGAGUCUAUCCUAUGAGUUACUGCACUACGAUCCAACAAAUGGAAGAGUUUUGCUGAAUGUUGAGAAAUAUGAGAAGCUGCUGGUUGCUGCAGAAACAACCAGAAGUGUUGGAUUGAGAAGACCGACCUCCACUUAUUUAACCACCAGGGAUGUUUAUGAAAGACUCUGCCGAACUCAGGGCUCUCAGCCCAUCCAUUUUGAAAACCCCAGAUUAUACUGUGACUACUUCACCAACAACAACCCAGCGCUCCUAUUGCUGCCAGUGAAACGGGAGGUGCUGAGUCUGCAGCCAUAUGUGGUCCUUUACCACGACUUCAUCACUGACAGAGAGGCUGAGGACAUCAAGGGGUUUGCCCAGCCUGGAUUGAGGAGAUCUGUGGUGGCGUCCGGUGAAAAUCAAACAACGGUGGAGUAUCGAAUCAGCAAGGGUGCAUGGCUGAAAGGAUCAGAGAACUGCAUCAUUGGAAAGCUAGACCAGAGAAUCUCAAUGCUCACUGGUCUGAAUGUGAAGCCUCCAUAUGGCGAGUACCUCCAAGUGGUGAAUUAUGGAAUUGGAGGGCAUUACGAGCCUCACUUUGACCAUGCUACUUCGCCUUCCAGCCCCGUGUUCAAGCUGCACACGGGGAAUCGAGUAGCGACCUUCAUGAUUUAUCUCAGCUCUGUUGAGGCUGGUGGGUCCACAGCCUUCAUCUAUGCCAACUUCAGUGUUCCUGUCCUGAAGAAAGCUGCCGUCUUCUGGUGGAACCUCCACAGGAAUGGUCGGGGCGAUGCGGACACCCUGCAUGCUGGAUGUCCCGUGCUUAUUGGGGACAAAUGGGUUGCAAACAAAUGGGUCCAUGAGUACGGCCAGGAGUUUCACCAUCGCUGCAGCCUGAAUCCUGAAGAAUGAAGGGGGCGAAAGCAAAUGUUGGGCCCCUCAGAGUAUGAGUCUUCCAUCAUGAGGCACACAUAAAGGGUGGAGAAGAUGCCAGAGAGUGAGCAUCACAAAAGGGGCAGUCUGCUCCUCGGAUGGGAGCCCCCCGACCCCGGGGAGCCCGGAGCAACCUGGAAGGUGCUGCUGCAGUGGACACGGAGGAGCGGCCAAAAUUUCAGCUGAAAGGCUCCUACAUUCACACACUGAGCUGCCUUUACUGUGGACUGCUGAACUGAGGCUGGGUUGUGAAGUGAAAGCAGCACGGGGGGCUUGCUUGCUCCACAAAUGGAGUGUUGGGAUGUGAUCCAAAUUAUAACAGCAAAUAAUCUGUUUUUAAUGAGCAGUUAUUUGACAAGGGAGCAAAAACCUAGAGAUGAAUAGUAACAUUUUUCAAAAGCAUAAAAUUGAAGUCUCAUGUUUCAGCAUAUGACUAAUUAUCAACAGUAAAAGUGGAUCUGGCAUGCAUCAGACACACAGUGCAGACUGUCAGUUUGAUUUACUGCGAUUUUUUUUCCCCAAGUUGUAUGAAGACAUUUUUAAAAUUUCAAUUCGAUCAUCUUUUGAGCCAUUUUCAAAGCGUUCC